AUAAAAGACAUCAGGCCAGAGUGCGUUAAUGAAUUACAACGUGAACGGCAAGCAUGACAUAACAAUUUUUUAUAUACAUUUCGUAUAAUGAAUUUUUGUAGUGUUAGAAACGGAAGUUAUGCCCAAUUUAUGUGAACCGAAGCAGGAUGACGAUUACGAUCCAUAUGUUUGCGCUCUGAACCCAGAGCUAAAAGCGAUCGCUAAAAGGGAAUUACACGAGGAUGAUAACAUAAGACGUCAAGCGUUAACGCAAUUUCGUGAAUGGAUUGCCAAGCAUCCAUAUAUCAAGAAAUGCCGAACAGAUUCAAUUUUUUUGUUACGGUUUUUGCGCACAAAAAAGUUCUCAGUACCGGCUGCAUGCGAAAUGUUGGAACGUUAUUUGACUAUACGGCAACUGUUUCCGCAUUGGUUCACUAAGCUGGAUAUAGAGGAUCCGGCCAUUAAAGAAAUAUUCGAAAAUGGUUAUUUAGUUCCUUUGCCACAGCGCGACGAAUUUGGUCGGCGCGUUAUAUUUUCAGUGGCCGGUAAAUUCGAUCCUUACAAGUUUACCUCAGUGCAAAUGGCUCGCAUACACUCGCUAAUAUGCGAAGCAUUGCUGGAUGAAGAAGACUCUCAGGUGGCCGGUUAUGUGUAUGUAAAUGAUGAGAGCGGCAUGAAUAUGGGUUUCAUUAGUCUCUGGUCGUUAACCGAUCUGCGUAGCAUACUUAAAUGCAUACAAAACUCUACACCCAUGCGUCACAAGGAAACACAUUUCAUUAAUAUACCCCACUAUGCUAAUCGAAUUAUAGAGCUCGCCGUUUCGAUGAUUAGCGAAAAACUAAAAAAACGCGUUAUAAUUCAUAAAAAUAUUGAUGCCCUGAAAACGAAAAUUAAUCCUGCCAUUCUGCCUAAAGAAUAUGGCGGUACGGUACCCAUCGCCGAUAUGGUUACCGAAUUUCGUCAGAAAUUAUUACAAAAACGCGCAGCCAUCUUGGCUUUGGACGAAAUGAAAAUUGAAAUAACUAAAGAAGCGGGGAAUUUCGGGGGAAACGAUAUUAGCGAACUGGAGGCGGGCGUGGUCGGCAGCUUUAGAAAAUUAGAAGUUGACUAAUUUAAGAAAUAAUUUCAUGGAUAUACACAGUGAUUAUACUAAAUUAACUGUAAUACGUUUGUGAGAAUUUCCGUUUACUUACCCUCGUACAUUGCGAUAAGACACAUAUAUAGUAUUUAUGAAUAACAUAUAUUC